AUGGAAAACAUGACAUUUAAUAGUCCUUAUUUACAGUUAGAGGGACUGGUUGUCCCUGAACAAACCUUGUAUCCUACAUUUCUUUUCUUCCUGGUUUUCUAUCUGCUCAUUAUGGUAGCUAACAUCGGAAUCAUUCUGCUCAUAACAAUAGAAAGAAGCCUGCAUGAGCCUAUGUACAUUCUCUUCUGUAAUCUUCCCUUUAAUGAUGCAUUUGGAAACUCUGUCAUUUUCCCUCGGUUGCUUGGGGACCUUUUAAGGCCAAAAUCUCAACUCUACAUCAGUUAUAUUGACUGUGUUGUUCAAGCCUUUGGUUUCCACCUGCAUAUUGCUGCCUCUCACACUGUACUCAUGGUUAUGGCCUUUGACAGAUAUGUUGCCAUAUGUAAUCCACUGCACUAUACAACUAUCAUGACUACCAAAAUGGUGGUUAAACUGACUGCAUCAGCCUGGGGUAUUGCGCUGCUCUGUGUGAGCAUACUGUUAGCUCUGACAAUAAGGCUGAAUCGCUGUGGAACAAUAAUAGAAAGUCUGUUCUGUGAUAAUGCAUCACUGUUCAAACUGUCAUGUGAAAAUCCUUACAUUAAUAAUAUAUAUGGCCUGAUAUACACAGUAGCUGUCCUUGGCUCUUCUAUGGGAUGCAUUUUACUUACUUAUGCCAAAAUAACAGCUGUGUGUAUUAACAGUAAAAACAAAACUUUGAACAAAAAGGCUUUAAAAACCUGCAGCACACAUUUGACUGUCUAUUUAAUCAUGUGUAUGUCUGGAUUUAUCAUGAUCAUACUCCAUCGUUUCUCUGGUUAUGCAGAAUACAGGAAAGGAGCUGCACUGCUUUUCCAUGUCGGCCCAGGAAUUCUGAACCCUCUCAUAUAUGCUCUACAAACUACUGAGAUAAGACAUGCUCUGCUGAAGAUUCUACACUCAAAGAGGGUGGUCCCAUAG